CCGAUGCUAAAUCGAACUACGACGAAGAUGAGACGGAAUUGCCCGAAGCUGAGCAGUAUCAAACUUGAGCACAAGCAUCUGCUGUGAAAUCUACAUGAAGAGCUCAGCGUUCACGAUAGUAAUCUAGCAACAUAUCUCAAAAAGGAUUAUAAUGUCUUAAUAUAUAUCAAAACGCCUUGUGUCAGUGGGUAUGUGCAGCUAACAGUUACAGUGCAUGCAGUGUCUGUAAGAUGUCUAUGGUGCUGUUUGCCUCUGUGGUGAGAGUAAGGGAUGGUCUACCACUCUCGGCCUCCACAGACUAUGAACAGGAUAAAGGAUUUCAGGAGACUAAGAAACAUCUCAAGGGUCUGUCCAAAAAACUCAGCCAGUUUCCUGAUCGCUGCUCGCUCAGAUCUGGCCUUUACAACAUUAAUUUCACGAGCUCUCUUGGAGUCGGGUACUUGAUGGUUUGCACAGAAAACUAUCCCAAUGUCCUGGCCUUCAGCUUCCUGGACGAGCUUCAGAGAGAGUUCAUUGUGACUUAUGACACCAAGCGGAUCAACAGCGCCUUGAGGCCCUUCUCUUUCAUUGAGUUUGAUAACUUCAUUCGGAAAACCAAGCAACGUUACAACAGCCCACGUUCCCUCUCGACCAAGAUUAAUCUGGCCGACAUGCAGACUGAGAUCAAGCUCCGGCCUCCUUAUCAGCUGUCCGCGGAGGACAUCAGAUCAAUCAACGGCUUCUCACAACACGAGCAGUCUAAAUAUAAAGGCAUAGCUCCUAAUCAAAUGCUGGAGGCCAUCACCCUGUCGGGUAUCGUCGCCUGCGUCCUAAGUGUCCUGUGUGGCGCUCUUAACUUGCUGCGGGGAGUCCACGCAAUAGAAAGCGUAUUGCAGAACGAGGAUGAAGACUUUAAUUACGUGAUUGCUUUUUUCCUCGGAACCGCGGCCUGCUUGUAUCAGUGUUACUUGUUCGCGCACUUCUCAGUUUGGAGGAACAUCAAGUCAUUCCUGGCCUUUGCUAUGAUCUGUCUAUGUAACAUGUAUCUGUAUGAACUCCGUAACUUGUGGCAGAUCCUCUUUCACGUGACGGUGGGAGCGUUCAUCACUCUGCAGAUCCACAUGAGACAACCGCAGGGCAAAUCACCUGACUACAACGUUUGACCCAAUAUGGCAACCCCAACCUGUUCCCACCCCAUCUGAGGACAAAAUAACUAUUUUGAACCAGGUUUAACCAAUUAUUUUGAUGUUGUUCAAGAAACACUUCCUGCUGUUUGACAUCCAGUUGCAGUCACAGAUGAGAAACCGUUGUUCUGAUUGAAGCAAAUGGUUCAUUACAGUAUUAGAUUCAUGCAUGGAAUAUUAAAGAAAGCAUU